AUGCAGCUCAUUAAGCAGGUCAAGUCUUUUGGAGGCGUUAUCAAGCAAUACGUACAUGAAAGUACCAGUACUAAAUGCAGUAUGAAGUUCAGUAUCUUUCUUCCACCCACUGCUAGUGACAGUCACAAAGUUCCAGUACUUUUUUAUCUCCCAGGACUCACGUGUAAUGACGAGCUAUUGUUUGUAAAAGCACCCGAGGCACAAAAAGUAGCCGCCCAUCGUGGGAUUGCGAUUGUCACGAUGGACACAAGUCCACGGGAUGUCACUAUUGCGGGGGACGACGACACUUGGGAUUUUGGCACUGGUGCAGGCUUUUAUGUUGAUGCUACCGAGCCGAAAUGGGAAAAUCAUUAUCGGAUGUAUUCGUACGUAAAUAAGGAGCUACCGGCACUUGUGCUUGCCAAUUUUCCUGUCAUGAAAGACAAACAAUCGAUUAUGGGACAUUCAAUGGGUGGACAUGGAGCGUUGGUACUUGGAAUUCGGAAUUCGACGCAGUACAAGUCGAUUUCGGCAUUUGCACCUAUUGCACACCCAAGUCAAUGUCCGUGGGGAAUUAAGGCUUUUACGGGCUAUUUAGGUGUUGAACAGGAAACGUGGAAGGAAUACGAUGCCACGCAGCUCAUUCUGAAACAAGGACCUAUUAUUCAACCUAUUCUGAUCGAUCAAGGACGUGAAGACAAUUUUUUGCAUGACAAACAGCUACUGCCUGAGGCUUUUGAGGCAGCGUGCAAUUUGGUGGGCCAGGAAGUGACACUCCGCAUGCAGGACGGGUACGACCACAGCUAUUACUUCAUCGCUUCGUUUAUCGAGGACCACGUCAACUACCACGCUGAUGCUCUACUUCAGUAA